AUGAAGGGCACAGGGCUGUUCGAUAUUACCAGAACGUUGAUGAUCAUUAGCGGCGCCUGGAGGUCAGGACUGCCGAAAGUCUCAAAGUUAUUGAACGUCUUUUACGUGGGAUACUCCGCAGUAAUUCAGUUCUCGUAUUUCCUAUAUUUUCUUUGCUACGCUGUCAACUUUUACUUCUUGUACUUUGAAGAUUUUGAUAAAGCGAUCGAAAAUUUAUCAGGCAACACGUUCGUUUUACUUUUGGUGGCCAAGGUACUCCUCUGUCAAAAGAAUCGUUUGAUAAGUACGUUGAAGCAAGCGCACAGAGAAGAAUUGGAUGUGUAUCGGGAAGAAGAUCGUUCCGUUCGCGAGAUAUACGAGCAUCACCUUAAGUACUUUUACAAACUCAUUUUCACUAUCGCUUCUUAUAAUGGUAUUGUGUUGCUAAAACUAUACAUCGUCGGUAUUGGUGGAAGCUACCAAUUUCGCAAAAUCCACAGGCAUGAUAACGUCACUUUGGAGAAGCCGCUGCCCUUGCCGUUGUGGUACCCGUUCGACCACAACAGGUUCCACGUAGUGGCAUUAACUUUUCAGUUGGUGGCGUUGGUGUGGAGCGCUUUAUUUAAUACCAUGGUAUACGCCGUGUCGAAUUCUUUGGCGAUAUUUUUGAGAGGAAAGAUAAAAAUUUUUCAAUAUCGGCUCAGAAACUUCGACAGAUGUAAUCUCUAUGUAAAUCGAGACGACAGUGGGAGCUUGUUGGAAGUAUGUUUGUUUAAAAAGCUGUGUAGGGAACAUCAAAUGCUUAUCAGGAUGACAAGAUGUUUAAACGCAUCAUUUCGAAGUCUGUUUUUGCUGGAAUAUAGCUUGACCUCAUUGCUGAUGGGAGCUGUUCUUGUACAAAUUCACAAGGGAGUCGACUUGUUUUUUUACGUUACGUACUUCUUCUUAAUUUUCUGUCAGCUGUUAAAUAUUUGCUGGAACGCCAACGAAAUCAAGUACGAGAGUUUGGAAUUAGUACCAGCUUUAUACGAGAGUAAUUGGUGCGAAAGAUCUAAUCAGGUCAAGACGAUGAUAAAAUUCAUGAUGCUGAAAUGUCAGCGGCCGUUGGUCUUAAGCGUCGGCCCUUUUGGCCCUUUGACGAUGGACGAUGCUGUGUCUAGACUCAAACUGGCAUAUUCCUUCUUAUCCAUAAUGAGUGGACGUUCUUGAGGUCGACGGAGAUCAAGAAUUUCUUCUCUUAAAAAGUUAAAUGUGUAGACCUCUCCCAGCAGUUUUUCUACUUUUAGAUCUAAAAAGAAC